AUGACUGACAGACACGACAAUCCUGCAUGCCAAGGAUUCCGAAGCUGCGAAGGGUAUUACCGAGUGGCAGUGCUUCCACCAGUCCGGCGCUACGCCGUUGACCUGAAUGCUUGGGAAACAACUGCAUUCCCAGCACGGGGUACCGCUGAGUCACCAUUCGGAAUGGCCGGGGGGCUCAGCGACGAAGAUCUGACUGCCUUGGACGUCACUAUUGAUAAGAUUGGGAUGGGAUACUACCAAUGGGCGCUUCUCGCAUUAUGUGGUUUCGGCUGGCUGGCUGAUAAUAUGUGGCUCGAGGCCGUCACAAUAGCAUUGCCACGGAUGGUUAUCAACAUCCAUGUUCGGGGGAUUGAUAUGGAGCCGUGGCUGGGAAAUUCUUCAGAUUUUGGGAAGGCGUUUGCAUUCAAUGCGACUUUGUUCUUUCAGCUAUUUUCGGAUUUCUCGUUAGCAUCGCUCCGACUUAUUCCCUCCUUUGUGUAUCGUUAUUCCUUCUUGGGACCGCGAUCGGGUAAUUUUACUGAUAAUCCAGACGGCGUUCAUGUUCGCUUCCAGACUAUUCUUCUCAUCUCCAUGAGUCCCUCGUUAUUUGGUUCACGCUGGGCCCCCCAGGAAGCUGUCAUUGUCUACAAGAUCAUCAGAGUCAACGGAAAUGUAUUGGAAUUGGCUUGCACGAUGUGGACGAUCGCUGUUGAGUCCCAGGUCUUAAUCGAGUGUGUCAUCAAUGCUUGGAUAGAAAAAAAGUUCGAUCUUUUCACUGAUAGGUGGCGUCGAACUACUCUACUGUUGGGGACAUGGAUGUUCACUCCUACAUAUACAAUGUCAAUGUUUAUUCCCCAACUAGUCGAAAUGCGGCUAGGCACUGAAAGCGGCCGAUCUGAUCAAGAAAGCCGUUUUAUGGAUGUCGUUGUCUUUACGCAGGAGGUAUGCCUGGUCAAUUAUUGGCGCAUAUAUGGUUCGCUCAUCUUUAGGCAAGCGUCUCCUGGCCUCGUUACGUUUGCAACUGCGAUAUUAUGUUGGCUGUUCACUGAGAAUGACUCCGGAGAUGUUGUAACAGAAGUGCGUGGGACAGCUUGCGGCAAUGCCUCGGCUUUGAAUAGGAUCUGGCAUGAUUGCACCACUCAUUGGUGGCCAUUGCUAUCAAUAUCAACAUCCCUGCCGGUGUACGCUUCUGGUAUUGCAUUUGUUCUUGGCGCAGCGUGUGCAUCAGCAUUGCCGUAUGAAUCAGCAGUCGAGCUCGAAGCAGCCAAAGAACUGAGUCCCGAGGAGAGGACAGUCAAGCUAUAG